AUGCCCUGGUUGUCGCCGUGGGCCGAGCAGUUCCAGGAGAUGACCGAUUCGAUGAAGGACACGGUGGGCUCGCUCACGCUCCACGUGCAGCGCAGGUUUAACAUGGCAGAUCGCAGGGCGCAAUUGAAUGCACCGUUGAUUGAGGCCUCCUUGGGCGCGAAGAUAUUCGAGCUGCCCGCUUCGAGGCCUGGUCUGAAGAUUUGUUCUCCUAGGCGGCUCGGGAAGCGCGCGACCCUGCAGGUCUGGAGGCGCCCCGCGCUGGAGGCAGGCCUGGACCUGCGCGCGGCCCUGGAGGCGCCGGAGGGCGUGGCCCUGGAGGUUCACGGGAACCCUAUGCAUUACUGGGCGCACGCGGACGAGGAGAUGAACCGCCGCAUGGCCACGGUGGCCAAAAGCCUCCACGGAGGUGGCACUUUUGAUGCCACCUUCCUCGACAAGGCCGCCCUCAAGGCGCUGGCCUCGCCAGUUCCUGGCGCAGGCCGCCCUCGCGAGCGCUGGCCUCGCCAUGAUCUGGCGCAGGCCGCCCUCGCGAGCGCUGGCCUCGCCAUCCUUGCCUGCGCGAGCACGCCCGUCCUCGAUCGUGCGCUGGCCUCGCGCGCGGCCGGCUCAUUAAAGCGCGCGUUCCUGCCCAUCUCCGUGGUUCAGGCCAAGCUCUCCGCGGAGCAGCAGCAGAGAGAGUCGGCUGGCUCUGCUGCAGCCGCGGAGACGAGGCAGCUGAGGCAACAAGUGUCCGAGCUGCAGGCCACGCUCUCGGUGGAGAAGCAGCAGCUGGAACAGCAGCUAUCCGAGGUUCAGGCCAAGCUCUCCGCGGAGCAGCAGCAGAGAGAGUCGGCUGGCUCUGCUGCAGCCGCGGAGACGAGGCAGCUGAGGCAACAAGUGUCCGAGCUGCAGGCCACGCUCUCGGUGGAGAAGCAGCAGCGGGAGUCAGCCAGCUUUGCUGCGGCCGCAGAGGCAGAGCAGCUGAGACAGCAGGUGUCUGAGCUGCAGGCGAAGCUCUCCGCAGAGGAGCAGCAACAACAGUCGGCUGGCUCUGCUGCAGCUGCGGAGGUGGAUCAGUUGAGGCAGCAAGUGUCGGAGCUGACGGCCAAGCUCUCAGCGGAGGAGCAGCAGCGCGAGUGCGUCAGUUCUGCCGCGGCUGCGGAGGCAGAGCAGUUGAGGCAUCAGCUGUCCGAGCUGAGUGCCAAGGUCGCAUUGGAGGAGCAGCACCGGGAGACGGUCGGCUCUGCUGCAGCGGCGGAGGCAGAGCAACUCAGACAGCAGCUAUCCGAGGUUCAGGCCAAGCUCUCCGCGGAGCAGCAGCAGAGAGAGUCGGCUGGCUCUGCUGCAGCCGCGGAGACGGAGCAGCUGAGGCAACAAGUGUCUGAGCUGCAGGCCACGCUCUCGGUGGAGAAGCAGCAGCGGGAGUCCGCUGACUCUGGGGCGGGUGUGGAGGUGGAGCAUCUGAGACGGCAAGUAUCCGAGCUGCAGGCGAAGCUCUCUGCAGAGGAGCAGCGGCGAGAGUCGGCGGGCUCGGCCCUGCCGAGGUCUCCUGCAGCGGGGUCGCCUGGGCCGCAGGUGUUCGACAUGGGGGACGGCGAUUCCGAGGACGACAGGCAGGGCGGCGCAGGCGGCCCCGCGCGCGACGGGGACGCCGAGGCUGCCUGGUGGGGCGACGCUGCUCCGCGCAGCGGCGGGCCCGCGCCAGCCGAGGCAGAUCUGCUGGGCGACGCCUCGCCGGCGAAGCUGGCCGCGGCCGCGAACGGCGACGCCGCAGGGCAUGGCGAAGAGCACGCGGCGCAGCGGCGAGCGGCCGAGGCGGCCGCUGCUCAGGCAGAGGAGCUGCAGGCGGAGCUGGCGCGGCUGCGAGAGGAGUCGGCGGCGCAGCAGGGCGCGGCCAAGGCAGCCGGCGUCAGCGCCGCCGCCGAGGUCGAGGAGCUGCAGGCGGAGCUGGCGCGGCUGCGAGAGGAGUCGGCGGCGCAGCAGGGCGCGGCCAAGGCAGCCGGCGUCAGCGCCGCCGCCGAGGUCGAGGAGCUGCAGGCGGAGCUGGCGCGGCUGCGAGAGGAGUCGGCGGCGCAGCAGGGCGCGGCCAAGGCAGCCGGCGUCAGCGCCGCCGCCGAGGUCGAGGAGUUGCAGGCGGAGCUGGCGCGGCUGCGAGAGGAGUCGGCGGCGCGGAGCCGGGCCGAGGCGGCCGGCAGCGCUGCCGCCGCCCAGGCGGAAGAGCUGCGGGCAGAGCUGGAACGGCUCAGGGAGGAGUCCGUCGCGCAGCGGAAUGCCGCUGAGGCAGCUGGCGCCGUCGCCGCUGCCAGAGCGGAGGAGCUGCAGGCAGAGCUGGCGCGGGUUGAGGGUGAGUCGGCGGUGCUGCGAAGCGCAGCCGAAGCGGCUGGCACCAGUGCCGAGGCCGAGGUGGAGAAGCUGCGGCAAGAACUGGUGCGGCUUCAAGAGGAGUCUGUCGCGCAGCGGACAGCCGCCGAGGAGGAGUCGGCAGCGCAGCGGCGAGAAGCCGCGGCGGCCGCCGCCAGCGCCGCCGAGGCGGAGGCGCUGCGCGAGGAGCGGGCGCGGCUGCGGGAGGAGGUGGCAGCGCAGCAAAGCGCGGCCGAGGCGGCAGCCGCCGCCGCCGCCGAGGCGGAAGCGCUGCGGGCGAAGCUGGCGCGCCUCGGGGAAGAGGCGGCCUCGCAGGCCGCCGGCGCCGCAGCAGCCGCUGAGAUGCGGGCGGAGUUGGAGCAGCUCCGGGAGGAGGCUGCCGCACGGGAAAGCGUCGCCGAGGCCGCGAGGAGCGCCUCCUCGGAGGCGGAGGGCCUGCGGCGCGAGGUCGAGCAGCUCAAGGGGGAGCUGGCGGCCAAGGAGCGCGGCCUCUCGGAGGAGCGGGACCAGGUGGCGCAGCUCUGCGCCGAGGCGGAGCGGCUGCAGGCCCGAGGGGACGAGGCGCUCGCGCGCCUCGAGGGCCAGCGGCUGGAGGCCGACGGCCUCCGAGAGCAGCUGGCGGCGGCCAGCCGGCAGCAGGAGGACGUCUCGCAGGAGGAGGUGGCGAAACUGCGCGCGGACGUGGAGAAGGGCAAGGCGGUCGCCCGCAAGAUCCACGAGAAGUCCCAGGAGGCCGUCGCGGAGCUCAAGAGGCAGCUCGACGAGCAGCGCGAGGAGCUCGCCCGGUCGGCUGGCGCGCAGGAGGAGGCAGUGGCCGCGCUGCGGGCGCGGCUCGAGGGAGCGCAGGCCGACGCGGCGGCCGCCGAGGGCGACGCGAGCAGGCUGAGGCAGGAGGCGGCGGCCAUGCAGGCCGACCUGGAGCACCUCCGGGGCAGGGGUGCGGAGGAGGUGCAGCGCUGGGAGCGGCGUGCGGAGCAGGCGCAGCAGGCGCAGGCGGCGCUCGCGGCGCGGGCGGAGGAGGCCGAGGCCAAGGUGGCGCACUGGCAGAAGGAGGCGGAGAGGCUCCGGGCCAAGGGCCGCGAGGUGUGGCAGCAGGGGGAGGCCGCCCUCGCCGCGUCGAUCGAGCAGAGGGAGGCGCUCCAGGCGGAGGUGGAGGAGAUGAAGGCGCAGGUGUCGGCCCUGGAGGACAGGGUGCAGUCGGACGGCGGCCAGGACCAGGAGCUCCAGGACC